AUGUCCAGCGACUUGAUGGAGCUCUCCCGCGAGGAGCUCAUCAGCCGCGUGCUCGACCUCCAGUCCGAGAACAACGCGCUGAGCCGGCAGCUGCGCAGCAUGGCGAACAGACGCGGCGGCACAUCAUCGCCCACGCAGGCUGAUUCCCGUAGUAGAAACACCAGCGGUGGCAUCGGCUCGAUGUACAGCGAUCCUUCCGCGUUCAUCGCCACCAACCCGGUCUCUGUGCGACGUAAUGGCAGCCUCUCCACCGCCUCUGAAGCCCCCAUGUCAGCGGCGGCGGAUCGACUGAGCGGGUGCGCGAGUGGGUCGCCGUCGGCGCCGAGCUUCGAGAUAUCCAUGUCAGUGAUCGUCAUCGAAAACGGCGCCGCGCUUUCGGUUCCGCUCUCCUCGGUGCUCGACAAGACGUACGGUCGCCAAGAUCUGCGCGACGCCGACACGCCUGUGGUCUCGUCCAAGUACCUGCGGGAUACCAACUCCUUGCGAACACAGCGCUUUUCCAUCGGCAGUGUCAGUGCCACCGGUGGCGCUGGGGCGGAUGCGUCGCCUAGCAUGAACUUAGACGAGGAAUUUUCGGACAACCUCAGUCCAGGGCGGCCAAGCUCUGCUUUUGGACGCGGCAGUGUCCUCAUGCGUGGGAGCGGUGCCAACGCCGGUGGCAGUGUUAACGACGCGGAUGAUGAGCCGUACCCGAAGGACCCUCGCGCGGGCUCAGCCGGUGGCGCCGCCGCCGCCUCCAGCCUUGCACAGCGCGCUGGAGUAACCCACCUGAAUCUUCGCCGAGACGUCCUCUUCGCGCGUGACCUCUCACUGGACGCGGACGCCAUCAUCACGCAUCAGACGCUGCGGCUUUUCAACCAGCAAUUUGCGCGGGGCGCAAACAUGCUGUCGCCCAUGUCCUCGUACGGCAACGCAGUGUACCACUACAUCGUAAAGACGUUUGCGGUGCGCAACGGCUGCGAGCACUCACCAGACGAUGUGGAGGGUUUUGGCCGCACACUUAUCAACCUCUGCGAGGAGGUAAAACAUAUACUCCUAGAUGAACCGCGGCACGGGUCCGUCGCGUCACCGUGCUACGUCUUUGGCGACCUGCACGGCAACUUCCGCGACCUCUUCUACUUCAUGGACAACCUCAUUAGCUUCCAGGACCUGCGCUACACCCCGCACCGCUUUGUCUUCCUCGGCGACUACGUUGACCGUGGCGAGUUCAGCGUCGAAGUUGUGGCCUACCUGUUCUCGAUGAAGGUGCUCGCCCCGCACAAGGUCCUGCUGUUGCGCGGCAACCACGAAGACACCCUCGUGAGCGGCGACAUAUCCGGCUACGGCAACACGAGCUUCCGUGCCCAGUGCCACACCACCUUCGGCGCCGCCCUCGGCGAGGAACUGUGGCACCGCGCGAGUUCGGUCUUUGCCCAUCUGCCGCUGACGGCGAGCAUCGACGGCAAGAUUUACUGCACGCACGGCGGCAUCCCGCGCUACAGCGGCGGCGUCGACGACCGGCUCGGCAUUCUGAACAGCGCCGACUUCCCGGUGAUGGAGUCGUUCUUCCAGGUUCCGGAGAGCGAGACGCCGCAGCACCGCAUGUACCGCCAGAUCGGGAUGGAUACUUGCUGGGCCGACCCGGCCGAGAACGAGAGUGAGCUCGAUCGGUUUGGAUUUGGCUCGAACCCGCGCGGCACCGGCGUCAUUUUGUUUGGCUCCAAGGCGGUGGACGACUUCCUCGACCACUUUCACUUUGAGUACAUCUUUCGCGCCCAUCAAGAGAAGUCUGAUGGGCUGAAGCUGAGCAAGAGCGCCCGCGUCUUCACGAUCUUUAGCACGAGCGCCUACGUGGGUCACCAGAAUGGUGCUGGUGUGGUGCUCGUCGCGGAGGGAAAGAUCCGCCUGAUUGUGAAGACGGCAGACACGUACGAGGAGGAGGACUACGUAGCGGAAGUCGAAGAUGUCCAUCGGCGCUAA